AUGGCCUCUGAGAGGGAAAUUUUUAGCCUUACUGGACCAUCAUACCUGAAAACUAUUGAUUGGAAUAACUCGCAUCAGCGGAAGUCCAUUGCCGCAAGCCUUGUUCAGGGCGUCUACAUACUUGAACGUGACCGCCAGCAAAACCGCCUAGGCCCUCAAGCCCUUGCUCCUCCAUGGUGGGAAUUCUUCGAUUUCGUGUUGAACCAAGUUCUAGUGGAUGAGGACGACCAUUCAUUCUUCGGUGCCAUUUAUGAAUUCAAAUUCCACUCUCCACAUCCCAACUACCCCGGCGGCCAAAAUCCCCCAAAAUACGUGAUAGCCUUCCGAGGCACAAUCAACAAACCGGGCAACAGGUCACAGGAUUUCAAGCUAGAUGUUCACUGCAUUAUCAAUAAUCUUCAAAAGAGUUCCCGUUUUCGGGUUGGAAUGGAAGGUACCCAGAACAUUGUCUACAACGCCGGACUAGGGAACGUAUGGUUAGCAGGACAUUCACUAGGUUCAUCCAUAGCACUACUAAUAGGGAGAAAUAUGGUCAAGAAUUGUAUUCAUAUCGAAACUUAUCUCUUCAAUCCACCAUUCAUGUCUCCUCCAAUAGAAAGAAUAAAAAACGAGAAGCUGAAGCAUGGAGUGAGGUUUGCAAAUAGUGUUCUCACUGCAGGACUUGCUACUGCUUUCAACGGUGCUCAUAAACCAAAGGCUCCACAAGACGAUCCGUUUAUCGUGUUAUCUUCUUGGGUUCCGUACUUAUUUCUAAAUCCGUCUGAUCCUAUAUGUUCCGAAUAUGUAGGUUACUUUGAACACAGGGAGAAUAUGGAGAAAAUGGGUGCUGGAAAAAUUGGAAUGCUUGCAACUCAGCAUUCGAUAGGGAGCAUCGUCACGGCUGCACGUGGAAAUGAUUCCGAACCAGUCCAUCUUAUUCCUUCUGCACUUGCAACGCCAGAUCCGAGGACAUGCAUAGGAUCAGGCAAUGCUGCAGAAAUUAAAAGUGCAAUUGAAGCAUUUGAUGUUGAGACUGUAAUUUUUUAUGAUGAACUAUUACCCGGGUUAUUUUCUGGAUAA